AUAGGAAUCCUUGGCCCGCCGGGACAGCAGGCACCCCCUCCGUAUCCCGGCCAGAGCCCAGCAAGUCAGACAGUCAUGCAGCAGCCCACAACUCCCAUGUUCGUCUCCCCUCCACCAAAGACACAGAGGCUUCUUCAUUCUGAAGCCUAUCUGAAAUACAUUGAGGGGCUUAGUGCUGAAUCAAAUAGUAUUAGCAAGUGGGACCAGACCCUUGCAGCACGAAGACGAGAUGUCCACCUAUCGAAAGAACAAGAGAGUCGACUCCCUUCACACUGGUUGAAAAGCAAAGGGGCACAUACCACAAUGGCCGACGCGUUGUGGCGGCUGCGAGACUUGAUGCUACGAGACACCCUUAACAUCCGCCAGGCAUACAACAUAGAAAAUGUUUAGUCACGUAAUUGCUUCUUUCUUUGAUACCGGCGUAUAAGGAGUUUUGUGGAAAAAUAGCUGUUUUAGUUACUGGGUGGGGAGAGAUAACCAACAAUAAUUUCUAUUGCAUUUUACUGUACAUUGCAAAACCAUUUUUAUAUAAGGACACUUUUAAUAAGCAUAUUUCACUUUUUGUUAUAUUAAGUUGACUAUAUCAAAUACACAGAUUUUUGCAUAUGUUUCCUUUGUUUGAAAGGCGAUUUCAUAAUUGGUUAAGUGUAGUCAAGGAUUCAUCUUUCUUAUACUUUAUUGCUGAGAACCUGAUGCCAUUGUUUUUAUAUAAAAGAAGAAAAA